CAUUGAGAAAGAGCAACUGCUCAAAAUGACUCAGCAAAGAAAGUCCAAACUGUCACUGGAAGGGGUUAGUGCAAGGUUCACGCUGAUGUAGAGUUAAAUAUCAGAGCUGUGGGCCACGGGUGGGUUUUCGUAUUGGCCAAUGAGGAACCUCGGGUCCCUCCCUGGCCCCUUCCGCUGAAGCUGUUCACAGGGAUCUGUCUGACUGCAACCAGCCAGCUUCAUCUUGGCUUCUCCUCCAGUGGCUGGGAUGGUGUCUCCCUGGGGCUGGAUCAUCUUCCAUUAUUUAAUAACGUCGGUGGACCUGACCAGGGCUCCCAAUGGUCUCUGCUCCCGGAGUCAGAAUUUGGUGGUGAAGCCUGGAUUCCCCAAAGUCAUAAAGACCAACGAUCCUGGGGUCUUGAAAGCUGCCAGGUUCGGUGUUGAAAAAUUCAACAAUUGCUCCAACGACAUCUUUCUCUUCAAAGAAUCUCGUGUCAACAGAGCCAUGGUGCAGCUUGUGAAAGGGCUGAAGUACAUGCUUGAUGUGGAGAUCGGCCGCACGACCUGCAGAAAGAGCGACCAUACCAGUCUGGACAAUUGUGACUUUCAGACCAAUCAGGAUUUAAAGCAGACAUUCAAGUGCUACUUUGAAGUCUGGGUAGUUGCCUGGCUCCAGAAAGUAGAAGUGCUCCUCCUUCAUUGCCAGUGAUAUCCCCUUCAGCCUUGAGGACCAAAGAUCACUUUUGGCUCCAGAAUGCAACCAAUCCAGGUUCGGCACUGUCCACUGACUGCCUGGUGUGUCUUCCACUGACCCUCCGGACCCUUCCGAGUCAGCCACAGAACAUUUACAGCUCAUCUUUCUUCAUGUGUCUGUCACCCAUCCCUUCUCCCCUUCCUUCUUCGAAGAUUGUAAGUCCUUUGAGGGCCAGGAACGUGGGUCUAAUUGUCAUCUGUGGAUUUUUUCCCAGCACUUAAAACAGUGUUCUGCAAAAAGUAAGUGCCAAAUAAAUAGUAUUACUACUACUA